UCAGCACCAACACCUCGUCACCCCUUCUCACCCAUUUUGCUCUGGGCAAGGAAAGUGAAGGAGGUCGACCAGGAUGAGGCCGACAGCGUCCUUGAGGGCGAUGCAUCGCAGCUUUCUCUCACCCUCCAAUCGAUCGCGCCGGCUGUUCACCUCGUCGUUCUUCAUGGCGACUUUUUGCGGUGCCGUCAUCACUGUUGGCCUAUCUGCUUCGUCAAUUCUUCCCUGUCCAGCGAGAAUGCGAAGGGACCAGUACAGGAGGGAAGUGAGCCUGGAAGAGCCAGUGGAUCGUGUCAUGGACGAGAGACUCGACGGCGAGAGAGUCAGAUUAACACGAAAGGGCGGCUGGAUCGAGAUUGAGGAGCGAAAGCCUCGAUUGUCUUAACGCAGCACGGUAUCAACAUCAGCGCCUUUAGGAUGACCAUCAGGGCAACCAUCUCAGCAACAACACAAACCAUGUACUAGUAUCGAUACCAUUAGGCCAUAGUGUCGAUGAUUACACAAAGUUAUUUUGUCAACACCACUCUGAUUCCUUGUGCCCUCCCUGUGCUUCCCCAUUCUCCAUUACGAAAGUCG